AUGUCCAUUUUCCUCCUUCUUUCCCUUCCGAUUCCCGUGUUCCCCGUUCCUGUCGUCUGCUAUUACAUUCUGAACCGGCCGCCCGUUUCGGAGGUCCCCAUCGAUUUGUGCACGCAUUUUAUUCUCAUAAACUCUGCCCACGUCUCGGAAAAUGGCGAGCUGGAAGCGGAUAUUGACGAUUUCGAAGAAUUCGGCCGGCUCAGAGAUCGUAGGGACGAUUUGAAGUUGCUCGUUUCGAUCACGUCCCCGAAUCCGUCGUUUUCGUGUUUGGUAAGUCGUUUAGCGCUCUUUUUUUUCAAAAAUUCGAUGGAGCGCACUUGCAGACCUCGUCCGAAUCGUUAAUGAACAACUUUGCUCUCGACUUGUUGCAUGAAUUCCGCGAAAAUCGUCUAGACGGCGUGGAUAUCGAUUGGGAGUUUCCGGUGUGGAGCAGAGACGCCGAGCCCAGCGAUCGGGCCCAAUUUGGUGAAUUUUUAAAGGUACAGUAUGCCUACACUAAUCCUCAGGAACUUUUUUCGAGCAGAUUCUCAACUAUCAUUUGUCCGCCGAUGGAUUUUUGGUGUCUGUCGCCGUCUCGGGACCUCCGACAAUAUCGAAAAAGGCGUACGACGUGGAGCCGCUGAAAAAGUGAGUGGUCCCGGCUGAUCAACCGCCGGGGACCAACUUUUUUUGAAGGUACGCCGAUAUGGUACAAGUGAUGAACUACGAUUUUCAUGUCUACAACAAAUACUCGAAUCCGUUCGUCGGUUUCAAUGCGCCGAUCCAUCCGAUGAUGGCCGAGAUUUCAGUGCUCGGAAAGAUGAACUCGGUAGGGAGAAUACCGGGAAAACUGAGAGAUUUAGAGAAAAACUGAUGGCGCCAAUCGUCUCGAAAUGAAAAAUGACCCCAGGGACCGGUUUUUUUGAGUCCUAGCGUAUAAUUUCAUCAGCCAACCUCUGGGGACCGUUGCGCGGUGGAGCGCACUUGCAUCAAUCAUUUUUGUGUUCAGGAAGCUUCGAUGAAGACGUGGCUCGAGAUGGGACUGCCGAAAAACAUUACAUAUUUCGGUGUUCCCACCUACGCGCGGGCUUUCCAACUUCUCAGCCGGCACCUCCACAAACCGUACUCGCCGGCCGUCAGGGACCGUCCGGAACUCUGCAAUUUGGACGAUGUGAGUCUGUUCGGGUCUCGGCACGACUUUUCAACAAUGAUAUUGUAGAUUUGUCAUCUCAUAAACGACUCAAACUACAAAAAAGUGUGGAAUCGGCGCGCUCUUGCGCCUUAUUUGUACGGUACGCAUCUUCAAAGCGAUAUAUCUCAGCUGUGGGUGGAGCUAUCAAAAUGCAGUCAACUGAUAAAAUGUACAAAAUUUCUCGAUAAAUAUUUUUCUAGUUGACACCAUUUCACUAUCUCCGCCCACAACUGAGAUAUAUCGGUUUGAGUACACACAGUGCCUAAAAGCAAGAUUACAGGCUCCGAUGGCUUGUGGAUUUCGUACGAAAACCGAAAAAGUGUGCGAGCAAAGGUGGAAUUUGCAAAAAGUUUGCAAGUUGCUGGAAUCAUGGUCUUCUCGGUGGGAAGCGACGACGGAAACGGAGAAUGCGGCGACGGCACUUGGCCUUUGCUUCGGGAGAUUUCAAAAUUGGCUAAUAGCUGA